UGGGAGACGAAACACGCUCUAAGGGCUCCAGCAAAGUAGGGCGCCAAAGGCGUAGAAUGGGAAGAAUAUGAUGUAUGUCACAAAAAGCAUCUAAGCAGUCUUCAGGAAAGCCAGAACUUCAUUGGGUUUCCUGCAGUUUGGUACAUCCAGGUGGCUCCGCUGCCGGAUGGGAGUGCCCGGGCACCUCCGUGUCGCAUGAGGUCGGCACAUGCACCAUGUCAUCAUGCGUCUCUAGCCAGCCCAGCAGCGAGCGGGCCGCCCCCCAGGAUGAGCUGGGGGGCGGGGGCGGCGGCAGCAGCAGCGAAGGCCAGAAGCCCUGUGAAGCGCUGCGGGGCCUCUCAUCCCUGAGCAUCCGCCUGGGCAUGGAGUCCUUCAUCGUGGUCACCGAGUGCGAGCCGGCCUGCUCUGUGGACCGCGGCCUGGCCCGGGACCGGCCCCUGGAGGCCCAUGGCGGAGAGGUCCCCCUCGAUGCCUCCGGGUCCCAGGCCCGGCCCCACCUCUCCAGUCGCAAGCUCUCUCUGCAGGAGCGGUCCCUGCUGGAUGCGAAUGGGCGCUGCGUCUACCCGGCCCUGCCCCACUCACCCGUAGGCUCCCCACAGUCCUCGCCAAGGCUUCCCCGGCGGCCCACCGUGGAGUCGCACCACGUCUCCAUCACCGGGAUGCAGGAUUGUGUACAGCUGAAUCAGUACACACUGAAGGAUGAAAUUGGAAAGGGCUCCUAUGGCGUGGUCAAGUUGGCCUACAAUGAAAAUGACAACACCUACUACGCAAUGAAGGUGCUGUCCAAAAAGAAACUGAUCCGACAGGCUGGCUUUCCACGUCGCCCCCCUCCCCGAGGCACCCGGCCAGCCCCUGGGGGUUGCAUCCAGCCCAGGGGCCCCAUUGAGCAGGUGUACCAGGAAAUUGCCAUCCUCAAGAAGCUGGACCACCCCAAUGUGGUGAAGCUGGUGGAGCAGGUCCUGGAUGACCCCAAUGAGGACCAUCUGUACAUGGUGUUUGAACUGGUCAACCAAGGGCCUGUGAUGGAAGUCCCCACCCUCAAACCACUCUCUGAAGACCAGGCCCGUUUCUACUUCCAGGAUCUGAUCAAGGGCAUCGAAUACUUGCACUAUCAGAAGAUCAUCCACCGGGACAUCAAGCCUUCCAACCUGCUGGUCGGAGAAGAUGGGCACAUCAAGAUUGCGGACUUUGGCGUGAGCAACGAGUUCAAGGGCAGCGACGCCCUCCUCUCUAACACCGUGGGCACCCCCGCCUUCAUGGCGCCCGAGUCGCUCUCGGAGACCCGGAAGAUCUUCUCUGGGAAGGCAUUGGAUGUUUGGGCCAUGGGCGUGACAUUGUACUGCUUUGUGUUUGGCCAGUGCCCGUUUAUGGACGAGCGGAUCAUGUGUUUACACAGUAAGAUCAAGAGUCAGGCCCUGGAAUUUCCAGACCAGCCUGACGUAGCCGAGGACUUGAAGGACCUGAUCACCCGCAUGUUGGACAAGAACCCCGAGUCGAGGAUUGUGGUGCCCGAGAUUAAGCUGCACCCCUGGGUCACGCGGCACGGGGCAGAGCCACUGCCAUCGGAGGACGAGAACUGCACGCUGGUCGAGGUGACCGAAGAGGAGGUCGAGAAUUCGGUCAAACACAUUCCCAGCCUGGCGACUGUGAUCCUGGUGAAGACCAUGAUACGAAAACGCUCCUUUGGGAACCCAUUUGAGGGCAGCCGGCGGGAGGAGCGCUCGUUGUCAGCGCCUGGAAACCUGCUCACCAAAAAGCCCACCAGGGAGUGUGAGCCCCUGUCUGAGCCCAAGGUAACGCCUGCCUGCCUGCGCCUUAGCCUCUGCCGGGGCCUGGGGGCGGGAGCAGCUGCCGGGCACGGGGCAUCCCCACCCAGGUGGACAUUCCUUCCGGCCCGGGCUGCUGUGCCCAGGCUCACCUUGGGCCUCUGGAGCCAGGAGGAAAACAAGGGGCAUCCAGGGGCUUGGACCCGACCGUGGGUCGUGCAUGUGGGCUGGGGCUGCAGGUGCAUGGCGCUCCACCCGGAAUGCCUGUGAACUCACCCAGGUCUUAGACCUAGUGGGGCACCCACAUAUGCUCAGUGCACGUCAAUGGCAUUGAGGCUGCGUCACGGGCGCAGGCUGUCCCUGCUCUGGGUCUGCGGUCAGAGCCAGGAUCAGGCAUGCUGCGCUCAGGGGCUCCCCUGGGGCUCUCCAGCAUCCACCCUUUCUUCUCCGAUGGGUUGAGACCUAGAAAGUAAGUCCUCUUCCAGCCUGUUGCAAAUGAGUGUGAGCGCCUCCUGCCCCUGGAGAGGAUCUAGACCUGUUCCCCAGAGUUGGCCAUCCUCUGCCAAACACACCCAGCUCAGCAGUCCCAGCACCUCCCAGGACAGAUGAGAAUUUUUGUCCCCAUAAGACCGAGGUGACAAAUACUUGCACCCCUGCUGCCGCUUGCCCCCUGCCCCAUGCCUGCGGCAGCAGGGCAACCCCAGCACCCUGCCCACUGAGCCCAGCUUACCGCCUCAUUCUCAGCUGGGAGCUCCAGGCAGCCAUGUCUAAGUUUUAAAAUUAUUGAGCUAUAAAUCACAUACCAUAUAAUUCACCUAUGUGGAGUGUAUCAUUCAGUAGUUUUUUAAUAUAUUCACAAAGCUGUGCGACCAUCACCACAAUCAGUUUUAGAACAUUUCCAUCAGUCCAAGAAGAAACCCUGCACCCUUAGCUCUCCCCACCCAACUCCCCCCAUGCCCCAGCUGGCACGAAUCUACUUUCAGUUUCUAUAGAUGUGCAUAUUCUGGACAUUUCAUAUAAAUGGAAUGAUACAGUAUGUGGCCUUUGCGUCUGGCUUCUUUCACUCAACUCAUGGUUUCGAGGUUCAUCUAUGGUGCAGCAUGUGUCAGAACUUCACUCCUUUUUUUUAUGGCUGAAUCAUAUUCCAUUGUUUGGGUAUACCCACACUUUAUUUCUCCAUUCAUCUGGUGAUGGACAUUGUUUCUACUUUGGGGCCUGUCACGCAUGAAUAAUGCUGCUGUGAACAUUGUUGUACAAGCCACUGGCUGUUUUGUUUGUUAGGAGCUGGCUUAUGAGAUGAAAUGUAUUGGCUGCCAUAGGAGUCAGGUGCUUUAUAUGGUAAGGUAGGAAGACCAUUUGGGGAUCAUUGAUGCUUUUCUGGAGCAGGGAAAGCAGCAGUUCACCAUCAGAACCAAUCAUCGACAGCCUGUGAAGGCUGCCUUGGCCCUUGCCGAAUUGUUCCCAGAUGUCUUUGCAGCCAGUUGAUGGGGUGGCCCCACCUGUGGUUUGAGCCUCAUGGGGUGACAGGGUGAAGCCUAAGGGGCUGGCCUUUACUUGGCCCUUCUCUUCUUAACCUCAGUUUUAGGGUCUGCCUCCCAUUUUGUGCAAGUCUAUCCUUUAUUUCAUCUUUUAUUUUUAAUGAGAUCAGAGUUGCAGGACACCAAAGACUGAGAUUGGCCCAAAGGACUGCCUCUUUAUUCCCUCACCUCAGUCCCAGCAGCACCUAGGGAUUACCUGCCCUUGCCCUCAGCCGCAGGUGGGAUGAGUUGGUUGUCCCAAUGGUCCAGCACUCUGGAGCUCUUUGAGCUCAGUCAGUCAUUGGAGGGAGGCCUUGGGCGCAUGGCCCACAAGCUGUCUGCAGCGAGAUCAGCUGGUGUGAGCAGGCAGCUGUAGGGCCUCAUUGGAUAUCCCCUUACAGCUUUCCUCCCCAGAGACUUGACCCCCCUAUUCCUUGGCAGAAACAUAAAAGCCAGCGAGUGUGAUUCUUAAACAAAGAGGAAUUUCUUCCUAGAAAUGUACAGACAUCACACUUGCCCUUCCCACAUGCAAGGGCAGUUCCCCUUCUGGCCAAGGGCACACAACAGAUAUUAGUCCUGCAAGCCCAAUGGCUCUCCUUAGGAGGGACAGUCUUUGCUUGAUGGUGGUAAAGGGUUCAGGCCUCUCCUUAGGGACUUUCCCUCACAUUUCCCAUCACACAGGCCCACUCUGUCACCCCAGGCAGCUCUAGCUGGGGGCACUUCAGGAUAUGGCCUCGUGGGGACAUGAGGACACUUCCCACCAAUGUGGUCUCUUCUGCUCUGGUCACACAUUGCUGAGAUGAGGGCCUUUCUCUCGGUCAGAGGUGUCCCUUGGGCCUGUGUGCUGGGGACAGUUCUGUUGACAGCCAUUUCCUGAAGGCUGGCUAUGUGCAAGGCCAAAUCAGGCAGUCCUGCUUGCUGCCCCCAGGAAGCACACCUGGGGACUGAAGACAAGUGUCACAGUUCCUGCCCUGCAAGAGCUUAGAGCCUAAAGUGGGGGAAGCAGAGAUGCCUAAAACCGUCAGUGAACAGGCCCCAGUGUGGAGUCCACACACGGCUUGUGACAUGCGCCAUGAUUUUAGGGGUUAGGUCCAUAAGUUCGAAUCUGUGUUUAUAGUUCCUUGCUAUUUUUUGGCACAUGUACAGAGGGGAUACAAAGUCUCCUUUAAAACUUUCGUGUAAGCUAAAAAAAAAAAAAGUGGGGGAGGGGGUGGGGGAAGAAUCUAAAAGAAGAAGUUAAGUAAAUAACGUCCCAGAUGGUGCGGAGCCGCAGGAGACCUUGGUUCAGGGCGCUGCCAGCAUUGCCCCCGGGUCUUAACGUGGGUUUUCUGUUCGG